GCCAGUAAUGGCAAUUCUGAAAUAAUACAAUUUAAGACAUAAACGAAUAUUUUGGAUUGGAUUUUGUUUGUUUAUUGUUAGAAAUUGCGAACUCUUCAAUUUAAAGACCCUCAAAGCAACCCUGCUUAGAUUGUCAUCGUAUGUAUGUACAUAAUUAUGAAAGGAACAAAAGUCUUGGUGGAAGUAUUGUGAUUUUCUGGAGCAUUAUUUAUUUUUCUGAAAAAGGCAAUAACAUUCACAGAAUAACACAAAAAAAGUUGUGAAUAUAAAAACGAGUGCUCCGCAACCAUUGUAUAUUAAAGCCCUAAAGUCUUGCAUACACAAUUCAUUAUAAUAAAUCUAAUACUUAAGGUUAGUUAGUCUAGAUGCUAACAAUCCUUCUUCGCAACAGUGUCGUGUGCAUACGACAACCCAACUGUUCCAAUGUUAGAGGUGCGGUGCGUCAAUUCCGAAUCACAAUUAGGCAAGAGGCACAGCUGCCAAAUCUAUCACCAUACGAUGUCAAUUUGAUAUUGCGUGAAAAUGAGUAUAUACAGACGUUUCCGGAAGACGACAGCAUUGUGCGCAGCUAUGAAUCCAACCAGUUGAGUUCAAAUAGACCUUGUGAAGAUUCCCGUACAGAAGCCACGUUUUUACAUAAAAGUGGUUUCAUUUGUGGAGUGUUCGAUGGUCACGGCGGACCCGCCUGCUCGCAAGUUAUAUCCAAACGUUUACUGCGAUACGUAGCUGCAGGAGUUAUAGAUCGUACAACACUGAAAGAAGUAGUAGCCAAAGAAUACAAUAGCCAAUCGUUCUUAAAAUGUCAUAAUGAUAAGGCCGACUUCGUAAAUGAAAUAAAAACUAUUUACGAGGACAGCUUUAGAGACUAUGUGCAAACAAUUUCUAGUCAAACGGUUGAGAAAAUAUCAAUUGAAAUAACGAACGCUUUUAUGCGGUUAGAUGACGAUUUGUCGAAAGAGGCCUUAAAACACACAAACAUGCGCACUAUGUCGGUGGCAAUGUCAGGCGCUGUGGCAUGUGUUGCUCACAUUGAUCACUUAGAUUUGCAUGUUGCUAGCACCGGUGAUUGCGGAGCAGUUCUUGGCACACAAUGCCCUGAAACUGGUCAGUGGCAUGCGAAAAAAUUGAACAACGAACACAAUGCCGACAAUCUCAAAGAAGUGCAACGCAUCUUAGAGGAGCAUCCCAAGGAGGAGCAGGAUACCGCUAUACGAAAUGAGCGGCUGUUGGGACAAUUGGCGCCAUUGCGAGCGCUUGGCGACUUUCGUUACAAAUGGAGUAACGAAAUUAUGGCUAAAUAUGUCGUACCUACAUUUGGAGAACAUUCUGUUCCACCGCAUUACUAUACACCACCUUACCUAACGGCGCAGCCAGAAGUGCAACAUCAUGUUUUAGGACCCAGCGAUAAGUUUUUAGUUAUUGCCAGCGAUGGUUUGUGGGAUUUUUUAACACCGUCGCAGGUCAUAAGUUUAGUUGGCGAGCAUUUUAAUUCCAAGAAGGUGAUGGAGCCGAUGAAAAUACCUUCGGGGGAUGUUACAUUAUUGGAAGUUGCCAAAUUACUUGCCGAACGAAAAGCUGGGCGCGCACGUAAGCCCUUGGAUCAGAACUCUGCCACACAUUUAAUACGUAAUGCGUUAGGUGGCACCGACUACGGGAUUGAGCACUCAAAAAUAGCAUAUUAUCUUACUUUGCCGCAGGAUGUGGUGCGUUUGUAUCGUGACGAUAUAACGAUUACUGUCAUCUACUUCAAUACAGAAUACAUUACAAGGCUUAAUGGGGACUCAUAGACUACAACACUAAACACUGCUGUAAACUAAAUAGAUACCCAAUCUUCUGACUUCAAAUCUCUUUAAUUAGCGCAAUUUUUAGUUACGUUUGUAAAUAGCUAAUCACGUUCUUUUUUUUUGAUUAACUGUUAACUGUGGACAGUUUAAUAGCAAAACUGAUUGUUCCUUUUAUUAUUAUAUUUUUUUUAAUUUUUAGACAUAGUUAUAAAAUUGCUCUCCUACUUUUUCCGCAGGUUGGUGUUACGAAUCUGUUGCAGAGGAUUUGUAAUUUGUUUUCCAAUUGUUAACUUCAUUGUAUUAGUUUUUAAGUUCAAUUGUGAAAAUAGAGCGGCCACUUAAAUUA